GGACGACACAGCCUGGCACCUUAAUACCCAGACCAUAUCAGCAUCAUCAUCGUCACCUGCUGCACUUGCGACAACUCCGACUACUACUACUACCACCACCAACCACCACCACAACACCAACGCUCUCUUCAACUAGCCAACCACCACACACUCUCUCUCCUUCUCUCUCUUCCACCUUCCCACCACUCUCUUCCCACCAGCACUUGCUCCCUUCACCACUGUUCCCUCUUGCCCUCUAGAACCCAGCUUCCUAUGAGUGUGUGCACCCUGUGAGAGAGAUCCGGAUCCUUUUCUGUGGCCGGGAACUUCCGUGCACUCCACCAUGCUCCCCACACCUCCGGCUUCUCCCACCCCAUCUGGACUAUGCCGUCCCGAUGACAAGAUUGGGCACACGUUGGCCGGCAGCAUCCAAUUGACAGGAGUUCUUGGCGUGGGCGCAUAUGGUACGGUGUACAAGGCAAGAGACCUCGUCACCAAUGCCGAGUAUGCCGUCAAGGCCUUGAACAAGGUCGGUCUCGAUGCCCGACAGAGGACCUUUCAGGAUCGCGAGAUUCAAUUGCACUAUGCUGCCAGCCAGCAUCCCAACGUCGUUUCCUUGGUCAAGAUUCUGGACUCCCCAGAAUCGACCUAUGUGGUGCUGGAAUACUGCCCCGAAGGAGACUUGUUUUCCAAAAUUACCGAGGAUAGCCACUACGUAGGAGAUGAUUUCAAGGCCAAGCAGAUUUUCCUGCAGCUCCUGUCUGCGGUCCAGCAUUGUCACGCCCGAGGCAUCUUCCAUCGGGAUCUCAAGCCUGAGAACGUGCUUGUCAUGGACAAUGGAUGGACUGCCAAGCUGGCCGACUUUGGACUUGCCACUCAGGAUCGUGUCACUUCCGACUUUGGAUGCGGCUCGACAUUCUACAUGUCGCCAGAAUGCCAAACACCCAAUCCGAAGCCCAAUGCCUGUUAUGCAUCCGCGCCCAAUGAUAUCUGGUCCCUUGGCGUCAUUCUGGUCAACCUCACUUGUGGUCGCAACCCAUGGAAGAGAGCCUCCAUGGACGAUUCCACUUUCCGAGCUUUCAUGAAAGACCGCAGCUUUCUGCAGUCCAUUCUUCCCAUCACCGAUGAUUUUAAUGAGAUUCUUCAGCGCAUCUUUGAUGUGAACCCAUACCGCAGGAUCGGUCUAGAGGAACUUCGCAACAUGAUCUUUCAUUGCCCACGUUUCACCACCCAGGAGGCUUCUAAUCCCACUUCGGCUCCCGCAACCCCCCCGUACAGCCCCGUGGUGGAAAAGGCCAUGGACUCCAUCUCCGUCAGCGCCGCCGCUGCUGCUGUGAAUUCGUACGAGCCAGUUCCUCACCUGGACUUGUCUGCGCAGGCGUACCAUUCGGGCACUCCAGACAUGAUGGCACAUCCCGCCAUGUUCACACCGCCAGCAACAGGCCCCUGUUCACCUCAAACGACCCAUUGCGCGCCACAGCCCAAGUCUGUAGGCCCAUCCAUGUACCCAGGACCGUUCUUUGGCAAUUUUGCCACUUUUGGCCGAUGUGGUCAGAUGUUUGCCAACUUCAAUAUGCCCACACAUGCCUGGGCCUCCACUUUUUAGAGAGGUGUGACCCACCCUUGAGACCGGUUUCAUUGGAAUCCUACUGGGCAGCCCCGGUGGACAAACAACAAUGACCGGGACACACCUGGCCGGCCAUGAGAGAUAUUGAGAGCGCGGACCUUGCAAGCGUUUUGUUUCGAAGAAAAAAAAGGACACUGUAAAAGAUACCCCAGCUGUUUUGUUUUAGCGACUGUUACCGGGAGGACAAAUUUGUGUUUUCAACAUCAGGAGUUUCCAUCAAAAGGGGGGGAAAUGUGAGCCACAGACGCAGGCCACGGCUCAUCAGUCGAGCAGGAUAGAAAGGAAGGUUUUUUGCUGAGCAUUUACUCGGGCGUAUGGGAGGACGAAGUUACACGAGACUACAGAUCAAUGAUGGGAUGUAUUAUGACUACCUAAAAAACCUUCUAUAGCAUACUUGUGUGUCUUGAUACACCUUUCAGAAUGUACUUGCCCGAUACUGGCAUGAUUACAUGAGAACUUAUUCCACGUCUCCAUCUCUCCACGUUUCACUUUUUAGACUUGUUCCGACAUAUUCAAGGAUAGGUGGUUAGCAGCAAACAUGUAGUUGCGUCGUACUCGUACCUACAUGUAGUCUCGUACCUGAACUGUGGAGAAAUAUUGUAGAUUAUGUCCGAUCUUGUAAUGUCGUUGGCUGUUGGAAGAAUUCAGGUUGAAUUUUGACCUGGUUGUAGGUUUCGUAUGUACUAGAGUAGAGAGAAUGUAGAAAUGAGAAUGCAGAGAUGAGGAAUAGAGGAGAAGUAGAGGAGAAAUAGAGGAGGAGGUAAGGCGAUAUUUACAGGAUAAGGAUAACCUUGGGAAGGAAGGAAGGAAUGUUAGUGAAU